GUCUGUAUAAAUAACACCAUGUAAGAGUCUUUUUUCAAUUCCAAGCCUAGAAAAUGUCCAAGAUGAAUUAUGGCCUUCUAUGCAGCGUGAUGAAUGUCUUGCUGAUAAUCAGCACAGUUGUUUCUAUAGAUGAUGCUCAAAGUGGCGAAAACUCUAUCGAGGAAACUGAGACAUGUGAACCAGUUUGGCCGUGCUGGGUGCCAGCGGUUAAUAAUUUUAUUGACAACCCCAGAUUCCCUGUCAACAACUCAACGGUUGCAGAUUUAUGUUCAGACUUUGACGAGUUCAAAUUGUGUGUGGACAGAAACCAGUCUUCUUGCAGUUUCACAUCACGUCGAGUAAUCACAGAUACCAUAAAAACUAUUGGCAACAUACUUUGUAACGAUGCAGGGAGGUCCGCUGUUGAAGAUCUCGAAACUUCGCAGUGUCUGAUUGAUGAGGAGAAAAAAGAGAGGGUACUGGAUGCUAUAGAAACAUGUUUUGAUGCUGACUACGACAACUAUAAUUGCAGCAACGACCCUACAGAAGAAAAGCAAUGCUUAAGGGUGGCUAUACAAUCUGACUGUGGCGAGAAUGGUGCUCGGGUCUUUGCCAGUGUUGCAUGGGAAUCCGUCCUGGGUUCUUUACGUGCUCAGAUAUGUUACAUGUCACCUUUUUUGACAUUUCUGCUAAAUAACUAUGUUAUCUGAAGGCCACACACAGGUUUCGUAAAAUAAACAACCCAGAAUUUGUGAAGUAAUGUUUCAACACAAAAUGCUUAAAAUGAAUAUACAAAAUAAAAUUUGCUUCUUAAAAUGAUAAUAAAACACAGUUAAAUAUCCC